AUGUCCGAAACACACAACACACUUCAGGGUUCUUCCAGCCCCUCCAAGCCCUCACCUGUGCCCAAAUUCCUGGGUGCUGUUCCUGCUAUCAGGGAUCUGACGUGGCAGGAAGGACAGGAUGGCCUGGGCAGCGGGAGGACCAGCGCGGACCUGUGCCCGCCCAGGACCAGCGUGGCUGUGCCCCAGCCCAUCGCUGAGAGCUGCAACGAGCUGUGCGCCCGCCAGUGCCCCGACUCUUCGGCUUUCAUCCAGCCUCCACCCGUGGUGGUCACCUUCCCCGGGCCCAUCCUCAGCUCCUUCCCCCAGCAAGCCGUGGUGGGCUCCUCCGGAGCACCGGCCUUUGGCGGCUCCCUGGGGCUGGGCGGCCUCUACGGCGCCGGCGCCACCCAGGCCUCGGGCGGCCUCUGCACCUUUGGCAGAGCCUACGCUGCUCCCGCCUGCAGCCCUUGCGCCUUGCCCCGCUACAGCAAGAAGCUCUGGGACACCUGCGGGCCCUGCUAG